CGCUUGCAUUGUUUACCUAACCCACAAAAGCAAUUAUAAAAUAAGCACUUAUGACAUUAAACAUGAGAUAUCUCCUAUUUUCUCUCUUGUUAUCCUUAGUUUCAACAUUCAUCAUUACAGAAGGUAAAGAAAUAAUUAACACUGCACCAUUGCAAAUAGGUUCAUUAAAUAGAAAUGAUUUCCCAGAAGGCUUUAUAUUUGGCACAGCAUCUUCUGCAUAUCAAUAUGAAGGUGCAGCAAGUGAAGGUGGAAGAGGAGCAAGUAUAUGGGAUACAUUCACUCAUAGAUAUCCUCAAAAAAUCACUGAUGGAAACAAUGGAGACGUUGCGGUUGACUCGUAUCAUCGAUAUAAGGAAGAUGUUGGUAUCAUGAAGGAUAUGAACUUGGAUGCAUACAGAUUUUCCAUAUCUUGGUCUAGAAUACUCCCAAAAGGAAAACUAAGUGGAGGAAUUAAUCAAGAAGGAAUUGACUAUUACAAUAAUCUCAUUGAUGAAUUGGUGACAAAUGGUUUACAACCAUUUGUAACUCUUUUUCAUUGGGAUCUUCCUCAAACUCUAGAAGAUGAAUAUGGCGGCUUCUUAAGUCCUCUCAUCAUAAAAGAUUUUCAAGACUAUGCGGAACUUUGCUUUAAAACAUUUGGAGAUAGAGUAAAACAUUGGAUAACUUUGAAUGAGCCAUGGAGUUACAGUCAAAAUGGAUAUGCAAAUGGCGCAAUGGCACCAGGUCGAUGUUCUUCUUGGUUUAAUCCAAAUUGCACCGGUGGAGAUUCUGGAACCGAACCUUAUUUAGUUGCACAUUAUCAACUUCUAGCUCAUGCAGCAGCUGUUAAUGUGUACAAGACUAAAUAUCAAGUCUCUCAAAAGGGUGUGAUAGGUAUAACAUUGAUCAUUAACUGGUCUGUGCCGUUCUCAGAUAACAAACAAAAUAAAAAUGCUGCUGAACGAAAUACAGACUUUCAAUUUGGAUGGUUUAUGGAUCCCUUGGUCAAUGGAGAUUAUCCAAAAACCAUGAGAGCCUUGGUUAGAUCAAGGUUACCAAAGUUUACAAAAGAGCAAUCUAAGCAAGUCAGUGGUUCAUUUGAUUUUAUUGGCAUAAAUUACUACUCUUCAUGCUAUGUUUCUGAUGCACCUCAAUUAAGCAAUGCAAAUUCUAGCUACCUAACAGAUUCUCUGAUUAGUUUUUCAUUCGCACGAGAUGGAAAACCAAUUGGUCUAAAUGUUGCUUCAGAAUGGUUGUAUGUUUAUCCAAGAGGAAUUCGAGACUUUUUGAUAUACGCUAAAGAAAAAUACAACAAUCCUUUAAUUUAUAUUACUGAAAACGGUAUAAAUGAGUACGACGACCCGUCAUUAUCAGUUGAGGAAUCUCUUUUAGAUAUUUAUAGAAUCGAUUAUCAUUACCGUCAUCUCUUUUAUCUUAGAGAGGCAAUAAUAGCUGGUGUAAAUGUAAAGGGAUACUUUGCAUGGUCUCUGUUGGAUAAUUUUGAAUGGCAUAGGGGUUAUACUGUGAGAUUUGGAAUGACUUUUAUAGAUUACAAAGAUGGUUUGAAAAGAUAUCAAAAGCUUUCAGGAUUGUGGUUCAAGAAUUUUCUCACGUUAGACACCAGAAUUUAUAGAGAAUCGAUCUAACAUUGCUUCAAAAUUCCUUAUAAACACCAUAGUUGUUGUUGUAAACACAAUAAUUUCAUUUAAUUAUUUCAUUGUUUAAUUAUAAGAAGAAUACUAUUUGUAAUUGUAUGUAAAUAUAUUAUUAUAAUUGAUCUUUUUUGAUGAUUCUUGUAA